ACGCAGCACCAGACCAAAGCAGCCGCUCGUCGAGGUUUGUUGCCAAUGACAGUCGCCUGCUAGCUAAAGUCAUGGCGCUGCUCAAGCAGAGCUGCUGUGUUGCUGGCCGUUUUUCCGCAAACCAGCUUCGACUGAGUCCCAGAUGCGUCCCACAUGUUUACACCAGGAGUCUGACAACUGUGGCGAAACCCUCCCCUGACCGGACUGGCAGAAAGAAGGAGCUGCUGAGUGACGACGGGCCCGAUCUACAAGACUUCAUUUCAGGGGAAUUAUCGGAGAAGAGCAAGUGGGAAGAGUACAAAGGCAGCCUGAAGAGAGAGAAGGGAGAGAGGCUGCGCCUUCCUCCAUGGCUGAAGACGGAGAUCCCCAUCGGGAAAAACUACAACCGGCUGAAGAACACGCUGAGAGACCUCAACCUGCACACUGUGUGUGAGGAGGCCAGGUGUCCUAACAUUGGGGAAUGCUGGGGAGGAGGAGAAUACGCCACAGCCACCGCCACCAUCAUGCUGAUGGGGGACACGUGUACCCGCGGGUGCAGGUUCUGCUCCAUAAAGACGGCUCGUCGGCCUCCACCUCUGGACCCAAACGAGCCCUACAAUACGGCCAAGGCCAUCGCUGCCUGGGGGCUGGACUACGUGGUUCUCACCUCAGUCGACAGAGAUGAUAUCGCUGAUGGAGGUGCAGAUCACUUUGCUACGACCGUCAUCAACCUGAAGGAGAGGGACUCUCGGAUCCUUGUCGAGUGUCUGACCCCGGAUUUUCGUGGUGACUUGGCUGCAGUGGAGAAGAUCGCCCUGUCUGGGUUGGAUGUGUAUGCCCACAACGUGGAGACGGUGCGAGAGCUGCAAAGGUUUGUUCGUGACCCCAGAGCGAACUUUGACCAGUCCCUGAGUGUCCUGAGGCACGCUAAAAAGGUGGAGCCCACCCUGCUCACCAAGACCUCCAUCAUGCUGGGGCUGGGCGAGACGGACCAACAGAUACUCGACACCUUGACCGAGUUGCGAGAGGCAGGAGUGGACUGUCUAACGCUGGGCCAGUACAUGCAGCCCACGAAGCGCCACCUAAAGGUGGAGGAAUACGUCACUCCGGAGAGGUUCGCCCACUGGGAGAAAGUUGGGAAUGACAUGGGUUUCGGCUACACAGCCAGCGGGCCACUGGUGCGGUCCUCCUACAAAGCAGGCGAGUUCUUCCUGAAGAACCUGCUGAAGAAGAGAAAGGGAGACGUCACGGUCGCCAAAUGAAAAGCACAGAACCGGUAUCUUCUAGAGGCCGCCUCCCUUUAGUCCCUAACCCGACAACUAUACGCAGUUAGUGACAGCUUUACUCCUGCCAUACCAUAAUGCGUCACGGUCAACCUUAUUAAACGAGUAGUAACAAAAAGAGAACAAAAGAAUGCCGGUGACGUGAAUUUAUGUAAUACAGGGACCAGUCUGUCCCGUUUCAACGCCACUCCUCCUCCAGUUCACCGGUCGCAGCUCGGAGGAAUAAACGCUUCAGGGAGAGGAGAUCAAAGAGGCUUGUAGAUAAACUGGGUGCAGGCUCCUAAAUCACAGCUCCCUCCCCUCAGGGCCGUGGACUUCAGGCAGAGAGCUACUGAGCUUUGACCGCGAGCUCCGUUCAUGAACUCUUUGGCGUGCUGCUGGUUCAGAAUUGAUUUAUUGAAGCUCUGAGGUGAAAAAGUACAGUUUGAGCCUCAAAUUGGCCUUUUUCAUAUCCAGAAGAACGAGGAGCCAAUUUGGGCUCAAGCUACUUUUUUCAAAACAAAAAAACUAUUUCAACUUUACACUUGGACAAGAAAGAUGUGCGUUGUGUAACGAACAAAUCUUUAAAAUGUACAUUUGUAUUUAAAGAAUAAACUUAUCAGUGAACAUUU